GGUUGCUGCGCCCUGCCCAUUUGGGAACACCUCCCCGGCACUCGGUGUCCUUGGGGAGGAUUUCCGGGGCGCAGCUGCCUCCCGGGACGGACAGAAGGCCCGGCCGCACCAUGCGGGCUCUGGUCCUCUCCAGCCUGCUCUGCACGCUGCUCCUCUGCUCCUCCGUCUUCUCCGUGGAAGGAAGAAGGCACCCCCGGCCUCCUGCCAAGCCCUGGAAAGGCAAGCACUGCUGUUCCCAAGUUCCUGAUCCUGCCCUGAGGACCCAGAAAGGGCACCGUGUGAGGAUCUGCAAACCAUGCAAGCUCAAGCCGGAGUCCCCCUUCUGGGUGGUGCCCGGGGCGCUCCCACAGGUUUAGUGUUUCC